CGGGGCCUUGUCGCUCGAAGUGUGUCCCUCUUCCACGCCAGCAGGUGGUGCUCUUGCUCCCCGCCGAGUGACGCAGUCUGAUGCAGAAGAAGACGGCUGGCGAUACGUUGCUGUGAUCUUAUCGCUGUGGUGUUGGACAACAGAAACAAAGGGUAUAUUUCGUGUCCACCCACGAACCUGUUUUUCCACUGGGCUCUCUGAAGAGAUGAACAACACCGGGAACAAGAGAGCUCCAACCACAGCAACGCAGAGACUUAAGCAGGAUUACCUCAGGAUAAAGAAAGACCCGGUGCCUUACAUCUGUGCAGAGCCUCUUCCUUCCAACAUCCUAGAAUGGCACUACGUGGUCAGGGGUCCAGAGAAAACUCCAUAUGAAGGAGGAUAUUAUCACGGAAAGCUCAUAUUUCCCCGUGAAUUCCCUUUUAAGCCACCAAGUAUCUACAUGAUCACACCCAAUGGCAGAUUUAAAUGCAACACAAGGUUAUGUUUGUCCAUCACCGACUUCCACCCGGACACGUGGAACCCUGCCUGGUCUGUCUCCACCAUCCUCACGGGUCUGCUCAGCUUCAUGGUGGAGAAAGGACCCACCCUCGGCAGCAUCGAGACCUCCGACUACACGAAACGACAACUGUCUGCCCAAAGUCUGACCUUCAACCUCAAGGACAAAGUCUUCUGUGAGCUGUUCCCAGACGUUGUGGACGAAAUGAAGCAGAAGCAGAAGGCUCAGGAGGAGUUGAGCGCGCGCACGCAGCCGCUCCCUUUGCCGGACGUGGUUCCCGACGGCGACCCGCAGCACGCCCACUACAACCUGCCCGCCCUGAACGGAGGCCCGCUGCCCUUAGCCGGCGCCAACCCUGCCCCGGGCCUGCAGCAGGCCAACCGCAACCAUGGACUGCUGGGUGGCGCUCUGGCCAACCUCUUUGUGAUCGUGGGCUUCGCCGCCUUCGCCUACACGGUCAAGUACGUGCUGCGGAGCAUAGCGCAGGAGUGAGGCGGGCGAGCCUGCGCCUCCUGCAGGGCGGCUAGUGGACAAUAGACAGACACUUCCUGCGGAGGGACGUGGACUCCGCCCCCCUCGCUGACCCGCGCUUAGGGCGAUGGUUUGGUCCGAUUUGGCUCAUGGGUUGUGGAUCGGGGGGUGAACCCUCAGGCAUAAGACAUUCCUCUCACCAGACGUGGGUUUGGACACGCUGAUACCCUAUGGUUUCCGUGGCGACGCAGGCAGAGAUGCAAGAUGGCCGCCUGAGCUGAACGUUACCGCCUUCCUCCUGGCACGCUGGUCUCAUGGGCACUUGGUGUGAAACUGUUGAUCUGGUCCAAACGCCAACGCUCAGGUGGUUUCAUUGUCCUCUGUGUGGUUUGCGUGUUGACUGUGCUCCGACUCCCGCUUCCCCUCCGGCUCGAGCAAGAGUGAAACGCCAUCGCUAUUACUGCCUUCCCCACCGUCACCGAUCGAUGCUGGACGGAGCCCCUUCACCGACAGAUGCUCAUUGCUAAGACUGAAGCCAACAGACGGCUUCACUGGCGGAAGUUCACCUGCCGGUGGUUUGAUUCUGGAAUCCUGUGGAGUUGUAACCAGCUCCUCCAGUUUCCUGCUGCCCCGAACUUUGGACCCGCAGUUCAUCACACUGAUGUAAUGUUUAAUCUGGUGCGACUCAACCCAUGAGCCAAGCGAGGCCCCACGUGUCUGCGCUGAGCCAGGCACCAUUUCAGACCUUUCGAGUUUCUGAAGUCAGCGUGACGGCGCCCUCUUCUGGAUCCCUUUGGUACUGGUCAUUCCCGACAGACCCGCACCUGAGGACUGGACUGACAAGAGACUCGCGGUUUAUACUGUUCUUCAGUGCAAAUCCCAUUGGAACUGACGAUACGGUUUGAAUGCUUCUUCUUCUCUUCUCCUCCGAUCCCUCCAUUUUAGCCCUCGCGGAUGAUGCUGAGUGUGAUUCUAUAGCUGUGGCCCACAAGAUCAUACUUUGAGUUAAGCCAUGUGUUGUACGUUUUCAUAGCAAACUACAAAUAAAACGCCACG